GACGUUGCAUAACAGGAACUCAAGAGCAGCUGAGCGAAAGCAGCGGAGUUAAACCUGUAAAUGUUUCUUCGGUGCCUCAUUGUAAACUUUGCUCUAGUCCAGUGGAGGUCCAGUCCCAACACAGAACUCACUGGCUCUCUGUGUUUCUACUGCCGAGCCGUCGUUCAGCUGGUUGAACAGUCUGCAGCAUCUCCUAACAGCAGCUAGGCUAGCUUAGCUUAGCUCCUAGCAGAGACGCUAGUUUAGAGGAGCAAAACAAGAAGAUGUCGAGUUAUCCCGCUGCAGCUUUCACCCGCCAGGCGAACGGAGACAACACACCGGGACCAGCAGCAGCAGGGUCCGGUGGUUCUGGAGGUUCACAUCGCUACCGGUACGAGUCAGAGUCCGACGCUGUGAAGAGCUUAGCCCGGCUGUGCAGCAGGGACGAAGAGGAGCGAGCAGCGGCUCUGGAGGAGCUCAGUCAGGGGGUGCAGGCUUGUUUAGCUCUGGAUCGGCCCGGUUCGGCUCGGCUCGGUAAACAAACACUCCUGCAUCUGCUCCGGUUGUCCCUGUCCUGUCCGCUGCAGGAGGUCCGGGGGAGAGCAACCGAGCUGCUGAGAACCGCUCAGGAUCAUGGAGUUGAAGUACCUCGGGCUCUGGCAUCAGGCCCGAGCGCAUUUAUCCCUGCAAAAGAGAUACUGAAAGAAAGGCGGGACCAGGACAUCCUUAUAGAGUCUUUCCUUUCAUUUGGUCGCGUGGACCACAUCACCAUGGUGAUGGCGAUGCAUCCCGCCUACCUGAGUUGCUUCCUGAGGACCCAGCAUGCUUUGCUGGAGAUGGACGGCCCCUUGCCCCGCCACUGGAGACAUUACAUUGCUGUUAUGGCUGCAGCUCGACACCACUGCUCGUACCCGGUGCAGCAGCACAGCGCCGGCUUCCUGGAGGCUGGAGGAGAGGAGAGCUGGCUGAACGGCCUCCAGCACGCUCCCGUCAAACUCCGCAGCCUACAAACACUCAACAAGCUGCUGGCACACAGACCCUGGCUCAUCACGCAGCAACACAUCCAGGAGCUGGUGUGUCCCGGAGCGGAGCCUCGCUGGUCGUUGGCUGAACUCAUCCAUGCAGUGAUCCUGAUGGCACACGCUCACUCGCUUUGCUCUUUUGUGUGGGGCUGCGGCUUAAACCCUGAACCCGACCACAUCGGAGGUUAUACCUUCCAACUUCAAUCACCAAGUCACCUUCCUCGCAGCCCUUGUAGCCCUCAUAGCCCCGCUCAUGAGGACGGCAGGCAAGCGUUGGUUGACGGAGCGAUGGAGGUGGAGGUGUUGAUGCAGAGGAUGGUGGAGCUGCAGCAGCAGGAGGAGGAGUGCACACAGGAGGAGAUGGUCACUCGCUUUGAGAGGGAGAGGAGCGAGAGCAUACCGACCGCGGUUGUGCGAGCUGCGCCACCUGACCUGGUGCUGCGUCUGGUGGAGGAGCCAGAGUUCAGAUACGAGGACUUUGCCCCCAGAGGAGAGCAGUCGCCAUCAACCCUUAGAGCCCAGGACUAUUCAUGGGAGGACCACGGCUACUCACUGGUCAACAGAUUACUGCCAGACAUGGGCCAGCUCCUGGAUGAAAAAUUUCAGGUUGUGAGCAACUUGACGUACAACAGGAUGGCCAUGCACGAAGAUGUUGACACUUACACUCUGAGGAAAGCUCUGUGGAACUACAUCCACUGUCUCUACGGGAUACGCUAUGACGAUUACGACUACGGCAGCGUCAACGUGCUGUUGGAGCGCUCUCUGAAGGUGUUUGUUAAAACCAUGGCGUGUCACCCCGAGCAGACCACGGCGCGCAUUUACCACGCGUUCUGGAGACACUUCAGGAACUCCGAAAAGGUUCAUGCAAACCUAAUAGUGAUGGAAGCCCGGCUACAAGCAGCUCUUCUUUAUACCUUACGAGCCAUCACGCAGUACAUGAGAUGACACACUCGCACACAUUUUUUGCAGAUGCUGAGCCAGCUGUGACACACCACAGCCCAACGCACAACACAACACAACACAACAUGGAUAGACAAUCUUACACACACACACACACACACACACACACACACACUACAGUGAAUGUUCGUAUAUGCAUAUCUUAUGUUUCAGUGUUAAUGUUUUGAUGCUGCUUUGCGAUUGGGAUAUCUGAUAUUUAAAAUGUUACUUAUUUUGCACUGAAAUGUAUCAGGGUUUGUUUCCCCACUUGAGCCUCAAGUGUUGUGUGAAUAUCUUGCACAUUGUUUUUUUUUGUCACACACAGACAUAUCUACAUGCUACAUGCCAGGUGGAAUUAGAUCUGGUAUAAAUAGAUUGUCAUCAUGAUUCAAGUGUUUAUUUGACUGUUCAGGCCAAUAAUCUGUCACUCGCAGGCGGCCGCCGUUCACCACACCAUGACUACUCAUGCCUCAGUCCUCUCUGGCUGCAGCUCGCAGAGGCUGAGAUAAAAAAAGACAAUAACUUGUAUUUUUAUAUACAAUAAAAGGUUGCUUUGUUAUCAAAA